AUGGCCGACGCGGAGAGGACGGCGGCGCUGGAGGCGUACCAGAAGGCGGUGCGCCAGCACGAAGAACGCUCCGAGGGAUUGCAGAAGCUGCGCCAAGGCAUCCGCGAUCUCGAGGGCGACUAUGACAAGACCGAAGACGACAUCAAGGCCUUGCAAUCGGUCGGCCAGAUCAUUGGCGAGGUCCUGCGCAAGCUGGACGAGGAGCGAUACAUUGUCAAGGCAUCUUCGGGGCCACGAUACGUGGUCGGCGUGCGCUCGUCCGUGCCACGCCACAAGCUCGCGCAGGGCGUGCGCGUUUCGCUCGACAUGACGACGCUCACCAUUAUGCGUGUGCUUCCCCGCGAGGUGGACCCGAUGGUGUACAAGAUGAGCACAGAGGACCCGAGCGGCGCGACCUUUGCGGGUAUCGGCGGCCUGGGCGACCAGAUCCGCGAGCUGCGCGAGACGAUCGAGCUGCCGCUCGUCAAUCCCGAGCUGUUCCAGCGUGUGGGUAUCAAGCCGCCCAAGGGUGUCUUGCUCUACGGACCGCCGGGUACCGGCAAGACGCUCCUCGCGCGCGCAGUCGCCGCGACGCUCGAGACCAAUUUCCUAAAGGUCGUCGCAAGCGCGAUUGUCGACAAGUACAUUGGUGAGAGUGCGCGUCUGGUGCGCGAGAUGUUUGCCUAUGCCAAGAGCCAGGAGCCGUGCAUCAUCUUUAUGGACGAGAUUGAUGCGAUCGGUGGCCGCCGCUUUAGCGAAGGCACGUCGGCGGACCGCGAGAUUCAGCGCACGCUCAUGGAGCUGCUGAACCAGAUGGACGGCUUCGACCAGCUCGGGCGGACCAAGGUGAUCAUGGCGACCAACCGCCCGGACACGCUGGACCCCGCUCUGCUGCGCCCGGGGCGCAUCGACCGCAAGAUCGAGAUCCCGCUGCCGAACGAGCAGAGCCGCCUGGAGAUCCUCAAGAUUCAUACCCGCCCCAUUGCCAAGAAGGAGGAGCUCGACUACGAGGCGAUCGUCAAGCUUACUGAUGGCUUCAACGGCGCCGACCUGCGCAACGUCGCGACCGAGGCUGGCAUGUUUGCCAUCCGCGCCGACCGCGACUACUGCAUCCAGGAAGACUUUAUGAAGGCCGCACGCAAGCUGCAGGAGGCCAAGCGCCACGAAAGCAAGAUUGACUACUCGGCCGUGUAA